GGCCCGGCUCCCGGCGGAGGCAGCAGCGCGGCGCAGCCCGGGGGGUCGCGCUGCCCCCGCCCCAGGCAUGAGCACCAUGGAGUCACUAGAGGAGCCGUUCAGGGAUCUGUUUACUUGCAAGCUUCCAGACAAAAAGUAUAACCCAAAGAAGAAUGGGGUAACAGGCUUAAUUGCAAAACGCCUUCAGAAGACCUUUAAGAUGCCCAUCUCCUUGCAGCUGUCCUCAUCCAAGGCUCUUUCCCAGUGCUGCACAGGCUCCUGUCCAAACUUAAUGAUGAACAGGAAUGAAGCACUUGAACAGAGGCCAAGGAAUGUGGCCUCUGUGCCCCAGCUGCCUGUCAGGACACCUCGGACGCUCUGCUUGUCGCUCUCAUCAGAUGGGGAUGGACGGUAUGACAGCCUGGCAUCACGGGACUGGCGGAAGGGUCUGCAGGCUCAGAUGGAGCAGGCUCACAGUGGAGGGACAGCCAGCAGCACAGGCUCCCUGGAGCGGGCAUCCCUCUUCUGUGUCUCUAGGUCCAGUUCCCCAGCGCAGUCUGCCAUUCCCAGUCCAGUAGAACAGCUCCCCAAGGCCAAGUCCUCCAGCCAGUUCUUCCUGUUUCCGUCACCAUCUUGGAACAACAGUUCUGAGGCAGAUUCCAACCCUCUGGCCUUCUCUGGCUCCAAGAAAGCUUGCAGCUAUGUCUGGAGGGCGAGUCCAAAAUCCACUGUACUUGGCAGCCCGAAGCCAGAAGAACCAGAGUACUUUCACUUUUCAGAGCCUGUCAUUGCCAGGGUGAUGGACUGCAUCUACUUGGGGAACCUUAAUGCAGCCUACAGUGGACGGGCACUGUGUAAGAAUAAUAUAGAUAGCAUCAUCGACAUGAGCAACCUGCCCAGCGACCGCAGCCUGAGCAUCAUCCCAUGCACAUGCAAUCGAGGAGGACUUAGGCACAGCUGGUCCCGCCUGAAGGUAGAUAUCCAAGAACUUCUGGAUGGGAAAUAUCCUGUCCUGACAGAGUCCUGCUUCCAAGACAUCAAUGAAUGCAUUGAUGCGUCACUGGAGAAGAGGAAGCGAGUUCUGAUCCACUGCACGGAUGGCUACUCUCUAGCCCCUACAUGUGUCAUCCAGUACCUGAUGGUGAAACACAAAAUGAGACUGAUGGCAGCCUAUGAGUUUGUGAGGGCCAGGUAUCCCCUGAACAUCCGCGAGUGCCAUCAAAACUUGCUGGUGGGUCUGGAAAGGUCCCUGCAGCCUGGUGAUGUCGACGUAGAGUGCUUGAAGCAGUCCAUGUCCAGGAAGAUGGCCUGGACGUAAGAGGACCAUCAAGCUAGGGAAAUGUUGUAUUACCUGUUACUAGCCCUGAAGUGGAACCAAAAAGACAUAUAUAGCUUAAAUGUCUUCUCACUUAAUGGGAUGACAGUAGCUGUGGGAUAUUGUUAGAGGAUACUGCUGGGAUGGGUUUCAGAAGCUGUGACCAUCCCUGGCAGGACCUCCAGUAGCCAUAGUGAGCAGAAGUGGAUUGUGAGGAGGGAGAUCUCUCAGGGAAACACUUCUCCAGUAAUUCUGGAUGGGGACAAUGUGGGGGAUGAAGAGAGCCUUAUGGUGAGACCAGUGGGCCUGUGUGCCAAUAAGAUCCUGAAGUUGGUGCACCUAGCCAUGAGGUGAUUCUGUAAAUCAGACAGAGGUAGCACACAGGUUUGCUUGGUGAUCUUGAGUAGACCUUUUUAAUGACCAUACUCUCUAUUCCUCAGGAAAUCCUGGUUCUUGCAGAGGGCAUCAUCCCUGCUCCCAGAGCAAAACCUCCCAACAGGACUAGGCUGGGUGGAUACAUAGUUCUGGUCAAUUAGAUGUGCUUCACUUGAAAACAGGCCUCAGUUUUGGUCCUGGAAUUGUGUAGGCAGGCAGGCAGGCUUCCCUCAGGCUAUGAAAGAUGUCGCAAGAGUGUCCUAUGGUGCCUCAUUGCUCUUACUAUAUGACCCCAAGUUAAGUGCCUAGAGUGUGUGAAGUGCUUUAUGGGACAGGUAGAAGAUACAGGCCCUGUCCCCUAAACAGUAGAUAAGAUAGGAUGCAGAAGAUGAGGUAAUCAGUAGGCUUAGGGGCAGGAGGAGAAGAGUUGCAGCAAUAGCAACAGGUGAUUUCCUAAUGUGUGCCAGUCAGCCUAACUUCCCACUACUCCCAGCAACAUCUGCAUGUGAAUUCCCCAGCACCUGGUUUAUCAAUGCCAUUAUCAGACCUACUGGAUUGGGCGACAGAGGUGUAUCUCUAGGUCUUAUCCUGGUUUGAGUCUCAGACUGGUGGAGCCAGGACUGAGAUCUUGGAGCCUCUGUCAUGUCCACCCUUAAUUCCUGUGGUAUAUCUGUUAUUCUGGAGGUGCAGCAUACCUUCAGCAGCUCCACAGAAACUAAAUGUGGUUCCUAAAAAUUCAUCUAUCCAUUUCUUAUUAGGUUGGCUUUUGUCUCUUUUGGCAGUUGGUGACUUCACCAGUAACUUGGAGCAAAGCUCCUCUUCUAAAGGACCUGUUCGGAGUUCCCUUAUGUUUUCAGCAAGGUUCAACAAGCUUCUCCUUGUUCACACUUUGGCAAGCACUUGCUUUGUUUGGUGGCAGAAUUUCUCAGAUUUGAACAGUGUUGGUUUCUGAUCAGUUGUCUGUUUUAUUCUGAUGCUUGUUGGAUUUCCAUCUUGUAUUUGGAUUCAAGUUUGAGUGUUGUUUCAUAUAUCCAGAGCAUCUUAGAGUUCCACCUCAUGCUUCAGGGCCAUCUUUUUUUAAGGAGGAAACCUGCACGGAGGUUGAUGACCUGUGAGGGCCUUCUUUGUCCUCACUGCUAGAGCCCAGAUUAGUUAAGUAAGCUUGAGGAUAUAAAUAUGGGCUCUCCCUUCCAGCUGCACUUUCUCCCCCAACAAACAGCAGAGGAGGCUCUUCCCUUCUGGCUGCUUCUCCUCCUUCCUGGCCCCUUUUUGAGCAGAUAGUCCUAUAAUAAAUAAAACAAUAUUUGUAGUUUGCAAAAGUUAUGGAGGGGUACCUUGAGUCUAAAAAGGUUGAGAAUCCCUGAUUUAAGACAUUGAAGUAAUGGGAAAAUCUGUUUCUAUGACCUCAGUCCUCCUUAUCCUUUCAAGCCAAUGUUUGAAGAUGCAACAUGGUAACAAAACUCUCUUUAUCUUUUUCAUUAAAAGUCUAUUCCUAUGCUAUAUACCCAGACUCUUGUAUUGCUUUUAUGGCUUGGCCAAGAUGCAAGGCACUCUUGGCCUGUAGUAUACACAGGAAUCCUUGAGGUGCUAUGGGUGGUGCAUAAAAAGUAUCCUCCCACAGUGUAGGAAUGCAUUGGGUUGGCCUGAUGUCUGCACGGGACCUGUAUGCAGUCAGUUUCUGAAAUGGGGUAGUUCUGCACACAGCAUGAAUGUUCUUAGCUGAAGAAAUUGCUAUAGAGUCUUUGGAGAUGAUAAUAAAGAUUUGUUUAUACAGGGA